UAUGUCAAAUUCACACAAUUUUGACCAAAAAGUUGUUUUAAUAACCGGUGCCAGCUCUGGUAUCGGUGCGGCCACUGCUAUCCAGUUGUCAGCACUGGGAGCCCAAACAGUGAUCACUGGUAGAAACGCCGAUAGAUUGCAUGCCAUUGCCUUACAGUGCAACCAAAAGUCAACAAAAGGCUUAACAGCAUUGGAAGUAAUAAGCGAUUUGGACAAUGAAAGUGAUUCAAAGCGAUUGAUUGAUGAGACCAUCAAAAAGUUUGGUCGCAUCGAUGUAUUGGUUAACAACGCGGCCCUCUUUGACACCAAUAGUAAUAUUGAAAGUCCUGAUGCUAUUGAUGUGUUUGAUAAGAUAAUGCGGACUAAUUUGCGGAAUACUUUUGUUUUGACACAUUUUGCCGUUCCGCAUCUAAUUAAGACAAAAGGAUCGAUAGUCAACAUAUCAAGUGUGACGGCCUUCAAACCGUUUGCUAAUGCAUUGGUCUACUGUAUGGCCAAAUCGGCUAUUGAUAUGUUGACCCGAGGUUUGGCACAGGAAUUGGGACCCAAAGGGGUUCGCGUUAAUUGUAUUAAUCCUGCUCAAAUCCAAACCCCUGUUUACGCCCACUUUGGGAUGACUGUCGAGGAAGAGAAUAAAAUGUGGUCUGAAGUCAGCAAAAAGACUCCUUUACGACGUCCGGGAGAGGCCGACGAUGUGGCCAAAGCUGUGGCAUAUUUUGCUUCCGAUGAUUCAUCAUUUGCUACGGGAGUGUCACUUAAACUGGACGGAGGUUUUAUGGAUUCGCCUCAAUUCAUUUUCAGCUAAAUUUAUACUUAAAAUUCAAUUAUUUUUGAUUAAUAAUAAAGUUUUUAAAAAUAAAAUUGAGUUUUUUAUAUAAAAUUAUUAGUAUUAAUAAGGUGUUA